GCUCGUUCAAAUUUAUGUGGAAUGAUUUAUUCAACUCGUUUUGAAACCAGCGCGCCCCUGAAAAUGGCGUUUUCGCAUUUCCGGGGUUUUCCGCCAGCUAUUUUUCCAGGCCCACAGCUUGGACAGCUUGUGCUCCCCCUUAAAUUGCGUAAAUUGAACAAGGAUACGGAUAAAGGAUCCCCUAAAGUUCUGAUAAAAGUAUUCUUCAAUUCUUGCCUUCAAUCCUGAAUCUUUCCAUUAUUCCAAAGCUUUUUUGAGUUACAACCUGAUCCAUUUGGUUAAUUGCAACCAAACUGUGAAUAUAUUAAUUCGAAUUUAAUGGGACUGGGACUGGGACUGGAAUGGCGAGCCUUGGAGUUCGCGCCUUGUGGAGAAAGAGCCCAUUCCUGUUUGCCAGCUGAGUGAAUUGAGAGAAUUAACCAACAUAAAUCGGAAUCCCUGGCACGCCGCGCCACUUUCGCAGCCUCGACUGCUCCAGCUCCAGACGGUUGCGCAAUCCGCUCCAAAUCCGCUGGCGCUGGCGCAGAUGCCGGAAGUGGACCGCCCAAAAGUCGGUGACCAAGCCCAACCGGUUCGCCGCAGAGACCAUCUGCUGAAUGGACAUCCACAUCCAUCCCAGUCGUGGCCGGCCCCAGAAGGAAAAGUGGUUCGCCCGCGAAACCGGACUUGGACUUGCACUUGAGGCAGGGACCUAACUACAUGGUACUUGGCGGUGGAAAUGGCGAUGGAGGUGGAGACGGAGUUGCGUGUGCGUUUGAAGUGACCACCGGACCAAUCUUUACACUAGGAAAAUAGUACAAACCCAAGGCGAGUUAUUCUAUUGUAUUAUGAAUCGGAACCAUUCACGUUUCUGCACAUUCAAAGGAAUUAGAGGAUCAGUUUUUUAUUUUAAAAAAAUGUGAUCUCAAAUCAAAUGCAUUGCAAGUAACUUUGCACCCACCGAGGAUUGCAGUCGACCUUUUUUCACCGUGUAAUCGCAUCACCCGCAGCGAAAUGCGUGCGCUUCCGUUUUGCUCGACUUGGCCUCCUUCCUCGUUCCUCGGUCCGUGGGAAGCAGGGAGACCCAUGUAUAUAUAAGCCACUGCUCCGCCUAGAGGCUCCACAAUACAAAGUCAGUCAUGGCCGGGUCAGUUCGUGCGGCGCUCCUGGGUCUCCUGCUGCAGAUCCUGUGCAAUGGGCUAGCUGCUCAGCAGCUGCUCCUCACGCGUCCCCAAAGGAGCCUGUUCGAGGCUCCGCUGGGUCACCUCGGUAGCCUCGGUCACGUGGAGCAAGUGGAGCACCUGCCCUCUUUGGGCUGGAAUAGUGUUGGCGCCGGACUCGGACUCGGAGCGGGCGAGUGGGGCUACAGCCCCGUUGGCCUGGGCCACAUGAGCAAGGAUGAGCUGCUAACCCUGCUGGAGGCCUGGAAGGAGGUGGAGCAGGAGUCGGCCACGACAACGACUGCGCCGCCAGCAGAUGCCACCACACGUAGACCAGCUCCACCACCACCACCACCACCACCGCCUCCUCCUCCACGACCCAUUCCCAUACCCGUGUCCAUUGCAAUGCCUGCUCCGGGUCUUCCGAGCUUUCCCCAGCCGCCCUCCGGAACUCCCAUUACAGUGAGGCUCCCGGCUUUCGUGCCUGUUCGUCUGGCUGCCGUGUUUACUCCGCCUGCCGGUGGUCAAGCUGGUACUGGUACUGGUGCUGCUCCGCCUGCUGACGGAGUCGGAGACGCUGGAGGAGAUGACUUGGCCACCGAUGACGCGUCGGAUGACGUGCCAGAUGACGGCGCCACUACCCGGCUCUUCCGCUUUAUGCCCAUGCCAGGUGCUCGAACCAGGCCGCCAUCCAAUCUACAGCCCAGGCAGCAGUUUGUGGUGAGGAACACCCUGGACAGCGUGGAUGCGGGCACUGCUCCUGUCAGGCAGCAGGUUAAACCGGAAGUCCAGCCCAAGGCGCCUACUCCUCCCUCCAUUCCCAAGCUCCCGAGCCACCCAACUCCCUUCUUCCGACCCAGGUUUGGUGUGCCACCGAGUCUGGCCAACGCCCGCUUCGAGCUGGUGCCCUCCUCCCAAAUCAUCGGCGACUGGCGGGAGUGAUCCUGUGCAGCACCUGACUGAUCCACUGACCAAAACAGAGUACCUUCCGAGGAAACAACCAGGCUCGCGCUUUCGAAGGAGGCUGCCUUGCUAGACUGUUCCCCCUGUGUCCCUCAUAUACUUUAUUUUACUGUAUUAUAUUAUUUUUUUG